GGAGGAAGAGGAUAACAAAGGGAGAGGAAGAAAACAUUAUUAAAAGACUCGCAACAUCAGAGGACAAAAGAUUAAGGACAUAAGAAGAUAAAGAAGGAAUGAAGGGAGAAUAAAAGAAGAUAGAAAGAACAAAGAAGAGAAAGAAAGAGAGAGAGAGAGAAGAUUACUAACAACAUAUAAGGAGAAACAGGAAUGGAAGAACGAAAGAAGGAAUAGGAGAGAAAGAAAGGAGGGAGAGAGGAGAGGAGGAGAGAAAAAAAAAGAAGGAAAGACUAAAGAAAACAAAACAAGACGGGGACGGAGAAGAAGACAAGGGACUGAAGAAAAGAAGAAGAGAAUAAAGAAGAAAAUAAUGAAGGAAGGAAUUAUAGAAAAGAGGAGGAAGAAGCAAAACUAAAAAGGAAAAGAAGGAGAGAGACAAAAAGAAGAAGGAUAAAAGGGAUAAAAAGGUAGAGAAUAGAAGAAGGAAAGGAGGAAGAAAGGAGGAAGUAAAGGAAGAAAGGGAAAUCAAAAGACAAAGAAGGAAGAGGAAGAAGAAGAAGAAAAGAAAGAUUAAAGAAGAAAAAAAAGGAAGGAAAGGAUUAUAAAAGAAAGAGAAAAAAGGAAGAAGAAGAAGAAAAGGAAGAAAAAAGAAGAAGAAAGAGAAGAGGAAAAGGAUCUCACCACCACCACCACCACCAUGAACGCGCGACUCCCCCGUGGUCCCCAAGUGGGUCGACCUGCCACGCAUGACCCCGGUGGCUCCUCCUCUACCAAUGGUCGUAACAAGAUGCCGGAGCAGAGCAAUGAUUACCGAGUGGUGGUGUUCGGGGCGGGCGGCGUCGGCAAGUCCUCGCUGGUCCUCCGCUUCGUCAAGGGCACCUUCAGAGAGUCCUACAUCCCCACCAUCGAGGACACGUACCGCCAGGUGAUUACGUGCAACAAGAACAUCUGCACGCUGCAGAUCACGGACACGACGGGCUCGCACCAGUUCCCAGCCAUGCAGCGGCUGUCCAUCAGCAAGGGCCACGCCUUCAUCCUCGUCUACUCCGUCACCAGCCGCCAAAGCCUGGAGGAGCUGCGCCCCAUCUGGGAGGUGAUCCGCGAGAUCAAGGGCAACGAGGAGGAGUUCCCCAUCAUGCUGGUGGGCAACAAGUGCGACGAGAGCGACGCCCGGGAGGUGCAGAGCUCCAUGGGCGAGAACCAGGCCAAGGCGUGGAAGUGCAACUUUAUGGAGACGUCGGCCAAGACGAACCACAACGUGAAGGAGCUCUUCCAGGAGCUGCUCAACAUGGAGAAGAACAGAAACAUGUCCCUGCAGCUGGACGGCAAGAAGAAUAAGUCCCAGAAGGGCACGCGCAAGAUAAAGGAGAAAUGUCUGCUGAUGUGAAGAGGAGGCGGCGGGAAGAAGGAGAAUGGAAGGUAGCCGGCGGAGGAGCGAGGGAAGUGAGUGUAUCCUGACUGUGAUGACCAAGGCGGGGCGUCCCCGGUGUGCCAAAGACACUGUGCUCGUGGCGCUGCGCCGCGCCAGCCGGACACUCCCCGACGCCCCGCCGCCGACAGGCCGACAGGGUGCUGCCGCUGCUGCCCUCCGCUGCUGCUGCCGCCGCGCCGCCCCGGGCGUGCUGACGCGCGGCAGUGGUCGGCCUCGGCGCCACGUUCCAUAAUAGGAGCACAACAAAGGCAAUGUCGUGGCUUACCGGCGGCGAUGAUCGUACCUGCAGGUCUAGCGAGGCCGCGUCGGCCAGACCUUCUGCCUCACAGGGACCAGUUUCUGCUGCACAACAGAGCGUAUCGUAGUGUACACAAGUGUUCCCUUCGGCCGGCCUCGACGUGCGGCGGGGCGGCCGGACGACUGUGCUGUACUCCGAAGGCAACGAUUCUUAGCCCUUGAGAUUUUUUGACUGUGUCCGCUUAGUCCCUCGCGCGGCCCCUGGCCGGUAGAUAAUAAAGAGGUGGCGUGGGGGGGCCGCGCGGCCACGCCCAGCCCGCCGCGCCGUGCCCGUGUGGCGGCCGCGGCGUGUGGCGGGGUCGUGGGCGGCGCCCCCCGCGGUGGCCGGCGGGCCAGGAGUGGCCGCCACGCCGCGCCCCGCGCCGCCCCUCGCCGGUGACGUAGUGGGGUUAGUUAGCGUUGUUUACACCGCCGGGGUGGCCCGCUAGCGGCUUCACCCUCACAUGUAUUCUCUGUCUGCAAGGAACGAAUUUUUUUGCCAUCUGUUCGGGUGCGCGAGGCGAGGGGCGCGGCGCGGCGACGCAGGACGCCCGCCCCGCCCCGCCCCCGCCCGCCCUCACCUCACCAGGUUUUGCAUUUUUCCAGUUUGAAGAUACUACUUGUUUCCAUGCGUAUUAUAACGUAAUAUAAAUACCUAGCAGAGAGAGAGAGGAAUACCGUAUAGAUAGGUUUAUAUGAUAUUGUACUGUAUAAGGCAUCGCAAUAUAACAAAAAAGCAAACCACUGACAAAAACCACCAAAAAAAAGGAACAAGAGGAGGAAGAGAGCCUCGAGGUGCAGGCGAGGAGAGGGAAGACGGACGGGGCGAGACGCGCGACGGACGCAACGAGAAUCAAAAACGAAGCUGUCCAGGGCAGGGCGCGCCCCCGCCUGUGUCCGCCCCCCUGCCGCGGCGCCCCCCACCACCCUGCCUCUGCCCCGGGAGGAGGAGGAGGAGGAGGAGGAGGAGAAGGAGAGAGAGAGAAGGAAGAGAAGGGAAGAGACCAGGAGGGAAGGAGGAAGAGGAGGUAGCGGGAGACAAGAGAGAUAAGGACAAGACACUAGUUCCUCCUCCUCGUCGUCCUCCUCUUCCUCCUUCUCCUCGUCUACUUCCUCCUCCUCUCUCCUUCAUCCUUCCUCCUCUUCCUCCUUCUCCUUCUCCUCCUCUCCCCCUCUCCCUCCCUCCCUUACACCUCUUGUUUUGACGCUUUCCACUGUAAUAUACCACGACAUUAUUUUUGGGUUGUUUGUUCUUCUUAGUGAACGGUUAUUGUUGGUAUUAUUAUGAAAGUAGGCCCGCGUGAAGUGUGUGUGUGUGUGUGUGUGUGUGUGUGUGUGUGUGUGUGUGUGUGUGUUACUUAGGUCUUCCAAGUGGUAACCUAACUACUUAAGAACGACAUAAUAAGUACCACGGCUUGACCUGACCUUACCACCAUGACCCCCGGACGCUACUACCAUGAUAUUGACCUGAAGACCACUACCAUAAUGUUCCUAUCCCUCCCAUGUUCAGUUCACGUCUCGAACCUGUUAUUUCCUCAAGUCCAAAAGGGAAGAAAGGGUCACUGGUUAUUUUUUUCGUAUUUACUAACAGCCACGAUUAUAACUAGUUUUUUUUAUAUAUUAUUUACUAAGGUCUAUUCACAUCCGGUCCGUAUUAUACAUUCACAGUUUCAUUAAUUCCAGUUUAUUUUUUUCUAUUCCACAAUGCACUUCUUCUUUUUCUUCUUCUUCUUCUUCUUCUUCUUCUUCUUCUUCUUCUUCUUCUUCUUCUUCAUCUUCUUCUUCUUCUUCUUCUUCUUCUUCUUCUUCUCCUCCUCUACAUCACAAGACCAAAACUCUAACUAUUUUUUUCUUUUCUUUUUCAUCCUAACCCACUAAUGGCUGAAGUAUAUAAUAUAAUGUGUAGUGAUGAUGAACUAUGAAAAUGAUGAUGAUGAAGAUGAUGAUGAUGAUGAUGAUGGUAGUGGUGGUAACGGUGGUGAUGGUGUUUUCUUAAAUGGUGAGAAUGAAUUGGUGAUGAUGAUGGUGAUGAUAAUGAAGGUGGUGAUCAUAACUGUGGUGGUGAUGGUGACUGUAGUGGUGAAAGUGAUGACGAUGAUGAUGAUGAUGAUAUUGAUAAUGGUCGUGAUGGUCAUUUAUUGAGUGAUGAAUUUCUUAUAGGCCUAUGUAAAAAAAAAAUCAAGUCUGUUCCAUCCGUCAAUUUUUUUUUUCUAUCUCAAGCCGAAGUGACGAAAAUCCUCGCUGAUGGCAUUAUGGAAUUUUUAGGAUUUUAGGAAGAAAAACUUUAAUCUCAGUUCUAAAAGAGGAUUAUAAUUCUGUCACUCCCUUUUAAAUAUCGCCUUCUCCCUUCCUCCUCUCCCUUUUCCCUCCUUUCCCUUCUCCCUUUACUUUCCCUUUUGUCUCCCUCUCUCCCUGACCUCUCCGUAUUCCUCUCCCUUCUCUCCAUUUCCUCCCCUCCCUUCUUCCCCCUCCUCUUUGUUUACUCUCCCUUCCCCUCUCUCUUUCUCUUCCUUCUCUCCGUUUUCCUUCCCUUUUCCUCUCCCUUCUCCGUUUCCUUCCCUUUUCCUCUCCCUUCUCCGUUUCCUCUCCCUUCCCCUCUCCCUCUUAACCUCUCUCUAUCUCCUCUCUUCCCUCUUCCUUCUCUCCGUUUCCUCUCCCUUCUCCUCUACCUUCCCUCUCUCUCUCUCAGCCCCUCUCUCCCUAACCUCUCCCUUUCCCUCUCCUUUCUCUCCGUUUCCUCUCCCUUCCCUCUCUCUCUCUCAGCCCCUCUCUCCCUAACCUCUCCCUUUCCCUCUCCUUUCUCUCCGUUUCCUCUCCCUUUCCCUCUCUCUCCUCUCCCUAUCUUUUCCUCCUCCUUCCCUUCCCUCUCCCUGACGUACUUCCUCUUCAGCUUCUUAGCCAAUUCUCGUUUUUUUGUCGUAUUUUCUGUAUUACUUUUUUUAUAUUUUGUUCUUCCUUUCAUCCCAUUUUCCCAGCCUUCUUUUCUCCUUUCCCUCUCCCCUUUGCUUCCUUCCUUCCUUCCUUCCUUCCUUCCUUCCUUCUUUUUCUUUCCUAAUGUCAUUGUUUCCUUCCGCUCCACUUCCCUUCCUUCCUCUUUCCCCUUUUUCUCUUCCUCCUCCUUUAAUCAAGUCUCACAAGUUCUCUUUUUCUUUUCUUGCUUCCUUCCUCUCCGUUUUCCUUGUCUCAAUUUUGUCCCAUUUUCUCUUUCUCUUAGCUUUUGCCCAUGUCCAUGUCCCUAGUUAACCUUUCCUCCUUUUUUCUUAUAAUCCUCUGUUUGAUUCCAGUUCCUUGUUUUAUUUCCCUUUCUCUUCCUCAAGGUUUAUUUUUUCGUAUCUCUUGGCAAUACUGUUUUGUGGCAUCUAACUUUUUUUUCUUCCGUCAAUCAGUAUCACCAAGUCAGAGUCAGAGGCCUAGAAUGUGUGUGUGUGUGUGUGUGUGUGUGUGUGUGUGUGUGUGUGUGUGUGUGUGUGUGUAGGUGGCGCUGUUGCUGCUAUUCUAACCAGACGGUAUUAUUCCUAUUUACCUCCGUUUACAAUACUUCUUGUGGCUACAAUACUCCGUUCACGAUAACUUGGCGAGGAAGCUCCUCCCUCUUCACCGUUCAGUGCAUAUCAUUGGCCGGUUCACUAUCAAGCCACGCCCUCUUUCCAGCUGAGGCGGCGUGUGAUUGGUGGAUGCUGGGAAGAGGUGGGUGGGGCUUGUAUGUCGAGUUAAUGUGAACAGAGUUGCGUUUCAUCUAUAAGAACACCCGCCCCUUGAUUAUAAUUGAGAGAAACAGUUAUAUCGUCAAGCAAAUGUAGCUUUUCUCCGUUAUUUUUGAACGCGGUAUUUCGUUUCUUUAUGUCAAAGUCUCAUUCAUUCACUCUCCAACGAUGCUGUUCUCUCCUUCUCGCCGCUGCUGAUUCCUGUGGCUGCUGUUUCGCCUAAAAGGACAGUAAUAUCAUCAAGCAAAACGCAAAUGUAUCUUCUUUCCGUUAUUUUUGUACGCGGUAUUUCGUUUAUUUAUGUUUAAAGUCUCGUUCAUUCACUCUCUCACGAUGCUGUUCUCUCUUUCUCGCCGCUGCUGAUUCCUGUGGCUGCUGUUUCGCCUAAAAGGACAGUAAUAUCAUCAAGCAAAACGCAAAUGUAUCUUCUUUCCGUUAUUUUUGUAAACGCUUUUCGCUCGCUCACCCACUCGAUACCAACGUUGUUUUUCUCUCUUUCACGCCGUUUGCUGAUUCCUGCGUCCGUUGUGACUGCCUCUGAGUCUGUCUCUUAUGCUUGAAGUGGAAUCUAGUCUCGUCUAUCAUGUCUCGUCGUAGAACCGUGUCCCUCUUUUUGUCUUACCCUUCCAAGAGAAUCAUACAUUUCUUACAAAAGGCAUUCAAUCUCAUCCUCUUUUGUAUCUUUUGACUCCCUCAGAAUAUCAUAAACUUCACAAAAAAUGGGAUAGAGUCAUGUCCCUUAUAUUUUUGGUUUUCUUGUCCCUUCAAAGAAUCAUAAACCUCAUUAUAUCAAAGGAAUAGAAUCAUGUCCAUCUUUUGUACCCUUUUUUCUAUCCUCAGAAUAUCAUAAACCGUAAAUUUGGGGGGGGGCUUUAUUGUCCCGUUAAAGAAUCCAACACCGCUUCAUGCAAAAGGUAUAGAAUCAUAUCCCCUUUUGCACCGUUUUUCCUCCUCUCAGAAUAUCAUCAUAAACCGUCAUUUUUUGGGCUUUCUCGUCCGGUUAAAGAAUCCAACAUCAACCUCCUGAACACUGACCUAACACACGAAGAGCGACACCAAUGAUAUACAUGUACAAGCUGUUCCUCUUCACUACCAUUGAGUUCGAGAUUUUCAUGGAUGUGUUUACGUUGUUUUCGCCUCGUAAUCGAAGAACCGCAAACCUUAUAUAGUAACUAACGUAACAAACAAACAUAUAAACGAAGAUUGACGCCAGUAUAACCAUAGCAACAAGAUAUAGACGUGUGUAACCACCCCGAAAAACAAGGGACUGCGAAUACGUGUUCAUCAUAUAUAUAUACAGUUUCGAGUCCCACGUCUACUACUACUACUACUACUACCACUACUACUACGACUACGACUGCUACUACUACUUCUGCUACAGUACUUAUAAACGUGAGUCUCAUAAUCCUGCAAGUUGAGGAGGAGGGGAUUCGAUCGCUUCUAUAUGGAGGAUUAGCAGGAGGCCAAAAGUAUAAGGAGGAGGAUCGAGGAGGCCGAGGACGUUACGCUUUUGUUUCUGUUACGUUCUUUUGUGGUUCUGCCUGUUUCGCCGUUUAUGGGAAGACUGUUUUGUUGUUUCUUUGUUACUGUGAUUCUGUUUCUGUUAUUCGAUUAUGUCUGUGUCCGUCAGAAAAGAAAGAGAGAGAGAGAGAGAGAGAGAGAGAGAGAAAAGAGAAAAAGGAAGGCUGAUGAUUAAAGAUUCCUCUCGCCCAGGGACACAUUAUGUAGAUGACCACAAUGAGGACAGUAACAUGUUUAUGGAUUAAUGAAGAUAAUGAGAAGCCUUCAAGCGUCUCUCUCUCUCUCUCUCUCUCUCUCUCUCUCUCUCUCUCUCUCUCUCUCUCUCUCAUAAAAAAAUCACUACUUUACCUUCAAAUUCAUUCAACCGGACCAAGGAAUAAUAAUAAUAAUAAUAAUAAUAAUAAUAAUAAUAAUAAUAAUAAUAAUAAUAGCAACAACAAGAACAAUAAUAAUAAUAAAGCAUAAUAAUUGACCUUCACAUGUAAGACUCAAACUCGUAAUCCGAUUCUCUUGCAACACGAUCAGAUUCUCCUCACAGAGUAUUGGAUUCAAUAUAAAUUCAGGGCAGACACGCGUAUUGCUUUUUUUCUUUUUUCUUUUGUGUUCGUUUUUUACUCCCACGCAUAAUAUCGGGCUUGUAAUCUCGACCUCAGUAAGAAAAGGUGAAAUUCAUAUAUAUAUAAAAAAAAGUUUAUGAUUUCGCUUCUGUUAAUCAAGCUCCCAAAUUACUAACGAAAAGUCGACGCCGGGCCAAUUCCUCCUCCUCGUCCUCCUCCUGAACAUCGCAAUGGCCAUGAAUCGAAACAAAACGAAGCUAACCAAACCUGCUUCUCGGUGUGACAUUCAAGCCUUCGACAUCCUCUCCUCGUUUGUAAGGUUGUCUCGUCGAACCCGAUAUUCGUACUAAGCCUGUCAAUGAUAAAGAACUAAGUAGAGGAGUGUAAAUGUCUUUGUGUGUGUGUGUGUGUGUGUGUGUGUGUGUGUGUGUGUGUGUGUGUGUGUGUGUGUACAUAAUUAUAGUUUCUCUCGUCCUCUGUGUAUAUACAUGUGCGUUGCGUGUGUAUUUAAGUGCAUAUGUGACUGUAUGUAUGUGUGUGUGUGUGUGUGUGUGUGUGUGUGUGUGUGUGUGUGUGUGUGUGUUUUUAUCAUUUACGUCACUGUUUCUGUGCAUCGCCUGCCAUCACAUACGUCUCGCAGUGUUACCAAUUCCAAUGGCUCAAAUUUUUUGUAAUCAGUGGUUAUAUUACCUUGUUGCGAGAGAGAGAGAGAGAGAGAGAGAGAGAGAGAGAGAGAGAGUGUGCGUGUGUCAGUCAGUCGGUCAGUCAGUCAGUACUAAACAUAAUCAUUCCCAUACUGUAGUGGGCCUCAUACUAACCUAAUAAUACAAGGUGAUGAUGAUGAUGUGUGUGUGUGUGCUGGUUAUCCUCUGUACAUACAUACAUACAUGCACACGUACGCACGUAUACAUAACAUAGCGAACUAACUCAUGCCCGGCCUCCCUCGCCUCUCCUUGCCUUACUAAAACAAAGAUAAAACCACAAUUAACCUCCAUUUCGAAUUGUAUUUAUUUGCUUUAAGGUCCUUCUCGCCUCUCAGGGCACGGAGGAGCAGCUGGACCCGUAUCCUCAAACGUUUUUCGCCACCUUGGUACAGCUAUUUAUGAAGGCUCUCGUAGAGGUUACUGUAUAGGGGUUUUCAUGGGUGGUUUCAUGACCUUAAACGUAGAGAGAGAGAGGAGUAUCUAGACACCUCUCCUUACGAAAAUGACCCCUCGUUUGGCUGCUCUAUACAUCUUUUUCAUAGGAACAGUGAUUAGCGGGCAUUUUUUCCUAAUUCUUUUGCUCUUUAACUGCUUCCUUUGCUGUGAAAAAAAAAUACUCAUGGAAACAAAGAUAUUCAGUUUAAGUUCUUGUGAAAACCUGUAAUUAUUGGUGCUUUUUCGUAUUAGUUAUGGCUCACAAACCGGAAAAUACAAUAUGCUGAGGUAGAUGAUCUGUUAACGUUGAUCUGUUUCUGCGCCACGAACGGGAAGACAUACUUAUGGAAACCUGUCUUACUUUAUCCGUGGCCUUUAGAUAUAGCAGUAACAAGACCCUGAAGCGUUUGAGAAUACGGGUCCAGGACGAGAGGGAGGCAAAGGGAUCCACAUAUCCGGAGAGUGGGGUUACUAUAACAUAUUCGGGUGAUCCAGCGUAGUGUCCCAUCACGUGGUUUGGUUUUCUAUGAUAAUGCUAUACUCGCCAAUGCUGUUCCCCUUUGAUUUGUAUGGCUCGGCUCCCCAUCCCAGUUAUUUUACUACAUACACGAGUGGUGGGCAACGCGUCAUAAUAUACAUGCAUAGAUAACUAACUUAAUAAAUGAAGGGUACAUAAGAAGGGUGGGGUUCAAAUGAUAGGGGGUGGGCAAGGGUAGUUAUUCAUAUUAUUACUACGAUUAUUAUCAUUAUCAUCAUUAAACUUGUACAUAGGAAUAUUUUUUUUUCUUUCUCGUGACGUGUUACAACUGACGGUUCAAGUAACGUCAGAAUAUUAUUAUUAUUACAAGUUCUUGGUGGUCUUCCUCACUGCCUCCCUCCCUCCUUUCCUUCCCCUUCCUUCUUCCUCUCCAUCCUCUUUCCGUUCACUGCCUUCCUUCCUCCUUCCCGUGUUCCUUCGUUCCCAUUCUACUCCCUUCCCUUCCUCUUUCCUUCCUACCCGUUCUCCCACCUUCCCAUUCUCCCUCCUCCCCGUCACCUAUUCUUCCCGUUUUCUUUCAUUCCUGUUCUCCCUGCUUCCCAUUCUCCCUCCUCCCCGUCAUCCAUUCUUCCCAUUUUCUUUCAUUCUCGUUCUCCCACCUUCCCAUUCUCCCUCCUCCCCGUCACCUAUUCUUCCCGUUUUCUUUCAUUCCUGUCCUCCCUGCUUCCCAUUCUCCCUCCCUCCCUCCCUUUACGUCUAGGCUAUUAUACCAAUGUCUGCUGCACGGUUUCUGAAUAUCUAUAGUGUCCUGUUGUGGCGCCAAACCUUUCCAUUCAUAAUAUAUAAGCUUGGGGGGGUCCUUAGUCCUCUGUAAAAGCUUUUAUCGAUUCAUACGUAAGCAUAAUAAUAAUAAUAAUAAUAAUAAUAAUAAUAAUAACAAUAAUAAUAAGCUCAGGAUAGAGAAUCGGAGACCUUGUUUACAGAAUCCGAUUCGCUUCUUGUUGGUUGGUCGUCCUUCUCUUGUUUGACGUCGUGAUGAUAAAAGUUUCUAAGCAGAAUAUGUAUACUAGAGAUUACAAUGUACGCGCACAAACACACACACACACACACACACACACACACACACACACACACACACACACACACACACACACACAAACGCACACGCACACACACACAUACACACG